GUCAGCACCGCACCAAGGGGCGGCGGGCGAGGGCGGAGCGGGCGCCGCUGCGCUGCCGGCCGCACAGAAAGGGGGCGCCCGCGCACAUUUCCUCCGCUCGGCUCCGCCUGGGCCGGACCGACCCGCAUCGGCGAGCGGCGCUCCUGGGUGUAGUCCGCGGCGGCUCCCGGGACUGUGCUGGGCUGUGGCGAGGUAGCUCAGGCGAGCCUGCGGCGGCCACGACCCCUCGGACGCUCCGGAGCCCACGGCACAGUUCGCGUUCCGGCUGCGGCGACCGCACCCCUGCCUGCAUGGACGCGUCGCUGAAGCGGAGUCGAUCCGAGGAGCCCGCCGAGCUCCCGCCGCCUGCUCGCAACGUGGAGGAGGAGGAGGAGGGAGACGGCAUGGAGCAGGGGCUGGAGGAGGAGGAGGAGGUGGAUCCUCGGAUUCAGGGAGAACUGGAGAAGUUGAAUCAAUCCACGGACGAUAUCAACAGGCGGGAGACUGAACUUGAGAUGUACAUCCUUGGGAGAGGACCUUUACCUCCUGAAGUUUCAAUUACCUCAUCUGUGAAAUGGGAGCAUCUGAGCCAAAUGAUGAACAAAGUCUUUUCUGGCUCUGAGGACGCUCGCCAGAAGUUCCGCUCUGUUCUGGUUGAAGCAACGGUGAAACUAGAUGAACUGGUGAAGAAAAUUGGUAAAGCUGUGGAAGACUCAAAGCCCUACUGGGAGGCGCGGAAGGUGGCGCGGCAGGCUCAGCUGGAAGCUCAGAAAGCCACGCAGGACUUCCAGAGGGCCACUGAGGUACUCCGUGCCGCCAAGGAGACCAUCUCCCUGGCCGAGCAGCGGCUGCUGGAGGAUGACAAGCGGCAGUUCGACUCAGCCUGGCAGGAGAUGCUGAAUCACGCCACUCAGAGGGUCAUGGAGGCGGAGCAGACCAAGACCAGGAGCGAGUUGGUGCACAAGGAGACGGCGGCCAGGUACAACGCCGCCAUGGGCCGCAUGCGGCAGCUGGAGAAGAAGCUCAAGAGAGCCAUCAACAAGUCCAAGCCUUAUUUUGAACUCAAGGCAAAGUACUACGUGCAACUUGAGCAACUGAAGAAGACUGUGGACGACCUGCAGGUCAAACUGGCCCUGGCAAAGGGCGAGUACAAGACGGCCCUGAAGAACCUGGAGAUGAUCUCAGACGAGAUCCACGAGCGGCGACGCUCCAGCGCCAUGGGGCCCCGGGGCUGCGGCGUCGGCGCGGAGGGCAGCAGCACGUCCGCGGAGGACCUGUCGGGGAGCAAGCCCGAGCCGGAUGCUGUUUCUGUGGCCUCAGAGGCCUUUGAAGAUGACAGCUGCAGCAACUUUGUGUCUGAAGAUGACUCGGAAACCCAGUCUGUGUCCAGCUUUAGUUCAGGACCAACAAGCCCAUCUGAGAUGCCCGACCAGUUCCCUGUCGUUGCAAGGCCUGGCAGCCUGGACCUGCCGAGCCCUGUGUCCCUGUCAGAGUUUGGGAUGACGUUCCCAGUGCUGGGCCCUCGCAGUGAAUGCAGUGGGGCCUCCUCCCCUGAAUGCGAGGCAGAACGAGGAGACAGGGCAGAAGGGGCAGAGAAUAAAACAAGUGACAAAGCCAACAACAGUCGGGGUCUUGGCGGCAACAGCAAGAGCCAAAGCAGCACGGCCACCGAGGGCCAGGCCUUGGAGAAGCGGAUGAAGCAGCUCUCCCUCCAGUGCUCCAAGGGGAGAGAUGGAAUCAUUGCCAACAUAAAAAUGGUGCAGAUUGGCUGAUCCACCCAGGGCCCCGGCCCACAUGCUGUCAGUAUUUAUACAUGAAACUGUAUGGAGAACAUCGUGCCAGUACUCAUUUAAUAUAUGCCAAAUCUUAAGCGUUUGCUCUAAACUGCACUAAUGAAGUUUCAGUGACCCUGAGGGCUGAAGAUUCUUCCUAAAAUCUCUUGGGCUGGUUGGUUUUUCAGAGUGGUGGAGCUGUUACAGGUGGACUUGUGACCAGGCUCACCGCCUCUGUGGAACGUUCUCUGUAGCGACAUGGUGGAAGCAAUAACUAGUUCUUAUGAAAGAACCUGAGCCAGGAAGGGGGCUGGGAAGCCAAGCCAAACAGGUCAACAGCUUGCUUCUCUUUCCCUUCUCUCACCCUCAGUUUGUUUGGGAAGAUGGAGAUGUGCUCUCCUUUAUAUCCCAGGAGAGCUAAAUGAAAUCAUUAAAACUCAAGUACUCAAAGCACACCUUCUCGACCCUUUGAAGGCUAAAAAAAAAAAAAAAAACAAAAAACACCA